CACUCUUACUUUAGCGCGUGUGAUUAGUAAGAAUGUGAAAAAUCUCGUAUCUCAUCUUCAACGAGGACUUAAGAAGUCAUCCAUUGGCCAAUUGUUUAGAGGAUGAUGCUGCUAGUGCUGAGUGUGUGUAUCUGAGGAAAGAAAGAGACCAUUCUUAUUUGUCUGGUUUGGUUCUUGAGUAAAUUUUUUUUCUUCUUUUCUUGAGUAACUUGAUUCAUGUGUCAAAGAUUCUGAUCAUUGGUAUUAUUAGCUAGACAUAGUGUUGUUGAGUGGGGUUUGUAGACAAUGAGGAGAGGUAGAGGGAAAGGGAAGAAGCAGAGUGCAUCUGCUCGGGAAGAUCAUGGAAGCGGUGAAGAGGAUGAAAAGAUUCCAGCUUACAGGAGAAGAGGAAGGCCACAGAAGCCUAUGAAAGAUGAUUUUGAAGAGGAGGAAGAUGAAGAGGAAGAGUUGGUAGAGAAGAUGGAGGAAGAAGAAGAAGAGGAUGGUUCAGUAACAAGUAAAAAAGAAGAAAACGAGAGGAAGAGGAAGAUGAUUAAUGGAAGCAAUACGGAUGCAAAUGAAGAAGAGAAUGGGUUAGGAUCAAAAUCAAGUAGAGAUGGUUCCAGUUCCACCAAGUCCACAUCUACUGGUUUCAGACAGAAUGGGAGCAGGAGGAAAAGCAAGCCUAGACGAGCUGCUGAAGCUGUUGUGGAAUGUAAUGGAGUUUGAGAAAACUUUAUGAUCAAGAACUUUCCAAGACACAUGAUGAAACAUUAACUUGAGGUUUCUUCUUCUUUUAGGUUAUCUUACAAGUGUCUUUGUAAGUUGAGAACUUUGGCUAUCUUUUGGUGUAUCAAUAUGCAUUGUCUUUCUUUUGGUGUAUCAAUCUGCUCUUGGUUUUUGACAUUUGAGCGUCCAAAAAGAUGGUCGUGCAACA